AUGCCCACGACGGUGCGAGAGGCGAACGACCCGGUGCGGUGCGCGCACGCGGUGCGCGGUAUGCGUGGCGUCGCGCGCGGUGUCGGUCGACGGGAAGGCGCGGCGACGGCGACGAUGCUGGCGCGCGCGCGAGGGGGCGCGAACGCGAUGAGCGCGCGAAACGUGAGCGCGGCGUCUCUGAAGCCGCUGGAUACGUUCGAACGACGACACAACAGCGGUACGGAGGAAGAAGUGGCUGAAAUGUGUAAGGUUGUGGGAUUCGAGAACAUCGACGCGCUCAUCGACGCCACGGUGCCGACGAACAUUCGCUUGCCGAAGCUCAUGGACAUGGGCAAGUACACCGAGCCGCUCACGGAGAGCGAGUUCCUCGCGAAGAUGAAGGACAUCGCUGGCAAGAACAAGGUUUACAAGACGUACAUCGGUGCCGGGUACCACGGCACGCACGUGCCGCCGGUGAUCUUGCGUAAUAUCUUGGAGAACCCGGGCUGGUACACGCAGUACACUCCGUACCAAGCCGAAGCGUCCCAAGGUCGUCUUGAGUCCUUGAUGAACUUCCAAACGAUGAUUACCGAUUUGACCGGCAUGCCGCUCUCGAACUCUUCUCUAUUGGACGAGGGAACCGCCGCCGCCGAGGCCAUGACGAUGUGCUCCGCGCUGAACCGCGGUAAGAAGCCGAAGUUCUACGUCUCCGACAAGUGCCACCCGCAAACGAUCUCGGUCGUCAAGACUCGCGCCGAGGGCUUGGGCCUCGAAGCGAUUGUUGGCGACGAAAACUCUUUCGAUUAUACCGCCAAGGACGUGUGCGGUGUGCUCGUGCAAUACCCGGCGACCAACGGUGCCGUCAUCGACUACAAGCCGAUCGUUGCCAAGGCGCACGCCAGUGGUAUCCGCGUCGUCGCCGCGGCUGACUUGCUCUCACUCACCGUGUUGCAACCGCCGGGCGAGUGGGGUGCCGACAUCGUCGUCGGUUCCUCCCAACGAUUCGGCGUGCCGAUGGGCUUCGGUGGCCCGCACGCCGCCUUCUUGGCCACCAACCACGACGACAAGCGUCUCAUGCCAGGUCGUAUCAUCGGCGAAUCGAUCGACUCCGAGGGUAAUCCAGCGCUUCGUAUGGCUAUGCAAACGCGUGAACAGCACAUUCGCCGCGACAAGGCGACGUCCAACAUCUGCACCGCGCAAGCCUUGUUGGCCAACAUGGCUGCCAUGUAUGGUGUGUACCACGGCCCGCAGGGCUUGAAGGAUAUCGCGACCCGCGCGCACAACUUCGCCGGUGUCUUCGCUGCUGGUGCCGAAAAGCUCGGUUUCAAGAACGUCACUCCGGAGUUCUUCGACACGAUCACUUUGAAGUGCCCGAGCGGUGCUGACGCUGUCGUCAAGGCAUGCGAAUCCGCGGGCAUCAACAUCCGUAAGAUGGAUGCCGAUCACGUCUCCUUGGCGUUCGAUGAAGUCACCACGAUCCAAGACGUCGAUGACCUCUUCAAGGCGUUCGCCGGCGGUGCUACCGCGCCGACCGUCGAGCAAAUCGCCCCAAGCGUCAACACUUCAAUCCCGAUGGAGCGUACGUCUUCGUACAUGACGCACCCAAUCUUCAACCAGUACCACAGCGAACACGAGAUGGUGCGCUACCUCAAGCGCUUGGAGGAGAAGGAUCUCUCCUUGGUGCACUCCAUGAUUGCCCUCGGAUCGUGCACGAUGAAGCUUAACGCGACGUCGGAGAUGAUCCCGAUCACCUGGCCAGAGCUCGCGAACAUUCACCCGUUCGCGCCAAAGGACCAGUCCCUUGGCUACCAAGAGAUGUUCCGUGAUCUCGAGAUGCAACUCUGCGAGAUCACUGGCUUCGACGCUAUGUCUCUCCAGCCGAACUCCGGUGCCUCGGGUGAAUACGCCGGUUUGAUGGCGAUUCGCGCCUACCACCAGUCUCGCGGUGACGACCACCGUGACGUGUGCAUCAUCCCGGUGUCCGCGCACGGUACCAACCCGGCGUCUGCAGCCAUGUGCGGUAUGAAGAUUGUUGUCAUCGGUACCGACAGCAAGGGUAACAUCAACGUCGAAGAACUUAAGGCUGCGGCCGAGAAGCACUCGGCCAACUUGGCUGCGCUCAUGGUUACGUAUCCGUCCACGCACGGCGUGUACGAAGACUCCAUCAAGGAAGUCUGCGACACCAUUCACAAGCAUGGCGGUCAAGUGUACAUGGACGGUGCCAACAUGAACGCUCAAGUCGGCUUGACGUCUCCGGGCUUCAUCGGUGCCGACGUGUGCCACUUGAACUUGCACAAGACUUUCUGCAUUCCGCACGGUGGUGGCGGUCCGGGCAUGGGCCCGAUCGGUGUUAAGGCGCACUUAGCCCCGUUCAUGCCAGAUCACCCGACCAUGAAGGACGGUGCGAUCGCUGUGGGUGGUGAUAAGCCGUUCGGUACCGUCUCCGCCGCGCCAUAUGGCUCGGCGUUGAUCUUGCCGAUCUCUUACGCGUACAUCUCCAUGAUGGGUUCCGAGGGCUUGACCAACGCGUCCAAGCGUGCCAUUCUCAACGCCAACUACAUGUCCAAGCGUCUCGAGGAUUACUACCCGGUUCUUUUCACCGGUAAGAACAACACGUGCGCGCACGAGUUCAUUCUCGACAUGCGACCUAUCAAGGAUGCUACGGGUGUUGAAGUCGCGGACAUUGCGAAGCGUUUGAUGGAUUACGGUUUCCACUCCCCGACCAUGUCUUGGCCGGUCGCCGGUACGCUCAUGAUCGAGCCGACCGAGUCCGAAUCCAAGGCCGAGCUCGACCGAUUCUGCGACGCUCUCAUCGCCAUCCGCGGCGAAAUCCGGGACAUCGAGGAGGGCAAGAUGUCCAAGGAGAACAACAUGCUCAAGCACGCUCCGCACACGGCGUCCGCCGUCACCGGCAAGGAAUGGGAUCGACCGUACCCGCGCGAUCUCGGUGCCUUCCCGGCUCCGUGGACUCGCGCGCACAAGUUCUGGCCGCAAACCUCUCGUAUAGACGAUGUGUACGGCGACAGAAACCUCGUCGCUUCUCGCGCGGCGGUCGAAGUCGCGGUUGCGCAAACCGCAUGA